GACCGCGUGGCUGUCGAGUGAUUAUGUCGUUGUUUGCUGUUUUAGUUCUAUUUUUCCUUUGUGUAAAAUGCUUGGCGCACGCCAUGGAAAAUGUACCGUGUCAUGGACGGACAUUCAUGGACUGUCAUCAUUACUGCAAGAAAAAUUGCCGAAGUGAUCGUGUCCAGUGUAUAUAUCACUGUCAGAAUGGAUGUGGUUGUAGGACAGCCUUCAUAGUUUUGAACAAUGGACAAUGCCGCAAACUGUCACGUUGCACCAUCGAAGAGUCCCAAGAGGAAUAUCCAUUUACUAUGGAUAAAUUAUUGACCACGACUUCCACGACUAAAUCUUCAGGGGCCUCCAAUUCUAAUGGCAAUGAUGGGCUAAAUCUGAAUCCAAAUUUGCCUGAAUUAGUCCUUGAGGGUAAAAAUGCUGGAAAACGUAAAAUUUUUGCAUCUUAUCUAUUACAACUGGCUGCAAAACGACUCGCUAACAAAAUGAUAGAUGAUGUGGUGAAACCUUUUAUGAAUAACGAUAUAAGUCCUGAUGUUGCCAUAGGAAAUGCCAAAAAUACGCUAGGCCAAGCGGUAAAAUUAUUUGCCCCAAUUGCCCAACAUUAUUUCCGCGGUAGAUAAAUGCAAAUAUUUAUAUUAUUUAUAUUAUUUUAACAUGCAACCAUAGGGUAAAAUGCUAUAUUAAAGUUGUCAUAACGGA